AUUAAAUCCAACAGAAGUUCGAUCGAGGUCUUUGCUGUCGCCAAUUGAGAUAUUCGGGAAUGAUGGAAACAGCUCGAAUACGUCGGGCCGGAUAUCCGAUUCGCUAUGAUUUUGCGGAAUUUGUGGAUCGAUUCAGAGUGCUUUCCAGAGGUAUGCUACCACCGAACAAAGCGGACGUGAAAGUGGCUGCUGCGAAAAUCUGUUCCAAUAUUCUAGGCAAGGAUCAAUUUGAUUACCAGCUGGGAAAUUCGACAAUUUUCCUCCGAGAGCGGCAAGAGUCUUUUCUGGAAGAGGAAAGAGGACGGAUUAUUGUUGGCAGUGUUUUGAAGAUUCAAAGUUGUGUGAGAAGAUGGAUCGCUAGGAAAAGAUUUUUGAAGAUGAGAAAUGCCGCACUGAUCAUCCAAAAAGUUUGGAGAGGAUAUGGACCAAGAAAACGAUAUUUAAAAAUCCAUCAUGGUUGUUGCCGUAUUCAAGCACGAAUCAAAUCCCGUAUUCAAAAUUUUGAGUACAAGAAAAGGAGAAAAACUAUUAUGGCUUUACAGGCACAUUGUCGAGGUUAUCUCGUCCGAAAAUACAGCAAAGAAAAAUCGCAGUGGAAGGAAAGAAGAAUUCAAGAAAUUCAAAGCAUUCGAAAAGCGGAGGAGAAAAUGCUGAAGAAGCAGGGGAACAGAAAGUAUAAGGAAGUCGCCGCGGCAAACUUGGGUGAGCGCAUGCUGGAACUGACGCGGUUCGUUGCUGAGAACGAGAUAAAAGAAACCGAGGCUCUACCAAAGGAAUCCGAAACUAAUAUUGAUAGGAUUUUCGAAUUUCUUGAAAAUGAGCCAAAAGCUUUAAUUUCGAAGGAUUUACCUGCCGAUAUGUAUGCGGAUUUGGCUCAAAAGGACCAUAUAGGUGACGGAAAAUCAGAUUUCCUUGAAAUACCUGAUGAGGAAGACAUUGAUGAGGAUCUUUCUAUCUACGAUUUCCAUAAAUUUGCUGUAAUGUAUUUCAUUAAUAAUGUUCCCCCUCAAUAUUCAAGGAAACCGUUGACUCAUUCGCUUUUGGAUUUGCCGCAUCCAUCAGAUCAACUGUGUGCCCAAGCACUCUGGAUCACAAUUCUUCGAUUUAUGGGGGAUAUUCCGGAACACCAAAACCCCAUAGAAGCCCCCAUCAAUACUCCAGUAAUGGCCACAGUAUCUGAAACACUUUCAAGAAAAUUCACACGAACAAAGGAUUAUGAAAAUAUGAUUAAUCAAGAGAAAUCACAGCAUAUUGUACGGAUGACUCUGAAAAGAAAAGACAGGUUCCAGGAAGAAAUUAAAAGAGGCAUCAUUGAAGAUGAAUUCGUGGACCAAGAUUACCAGAAUUGGUUAAACACUCGUCGAUCCAAUUUAGAGAAGCUGCAUUUCAUUAUCGGUCAUGGAAUCCUUCGACCAGAACUCAAAAAUGAGAUUUAUUGUCAGAUCGUCAAGCAGUUAAUUAACAAUCCUACCAAAGCCUCCCACGCAAGAGGAUGGAUCCUCCUUUCUCUCUGCGUAGGAUGUUUCGCUCCCUCUGAGAAAUUUCUAAAUUAUUUGCGAGCAUUCAUCCAAACAGGACCUCCAGGAUAUGCACCAUAUUGUGAUAAAAGACUGAGCCGAACAUACAGAAAUGGGACCAGGACCCAGCCACCUAGUUGGAUCGAACUACAGGCAACAAAAAACAAAAGUCCAAUCCUACUAACUGUGAUGCUUAUGGAUGGAAACUCGAGGAAUGUAGAAGCUGAUUCAGCAACAACUGCUAAAGAAAUUGUUAAUACUUUAGCAAACAAUAUAUCACUAAAAGAUACUUUUGGCUUCUCUCUUUUUGUUACACUCUACGAUAAGGUGUUAUCUCUAGGAGCAGGAAAAGGUCACGUGAUGGAUGCGAUUUCCCAAUGUGAACAAUAUGCAAGAGAGCAAGGUCACUCUGAAAAAUCUGCCAAAUGGAGAUUGUUUUUCAGAAAAGAGAUCUUUGCACCCUGGCAUGACCCAACUCUUGAUAAGGUUGCCACUGACCUGAUUUAUCAUCAGAUCAUUAGAGGAGUCAAGCAUGGAGAAUACAUUUGUAAUAAUGAAAAUGAUAUAGCAAUGCUUGUUGCUCAACAAUUGUAUGUUGAUCAUCAAAAUAGUAUGACACCUGCAAAUCUAAAAAGUGCUUUGCCACUUUAUAUUCCUAAACAUUUGCUCCAAGGUGUUUCGGAAGAUGUUUUGCCCAAAUGGCAAAAUUUGUUGACAAAGGCAUUCCGAAAGAACGUGAAUCUGGUUGAAAAUUCACCACCAAUAAAAACAAAAGAAGACGUAGUUUCAUUCGCCAAAAUCACUUGGCCAAUCCUCUUCUCUAAGUUUUACGAAGUUUCAAGAAUUUCUGGACCAAAACUAGCUACAAAUGACAUCAUUAUUGCAGUAAACUGGACCGGGGUCUUCUUUAUAGAUAGUCAGGAAACUCUUCUCUUAGAACUCUCUUUUCCAGAAAUUUCUGAAGUCACCUUUCAAAAAAUAAAAAAUUCUUGUGUCCACAAUCUGAUACUGUCCACCAUCCAACGGGAAGAAUACAUCUUCCAAAGUUUAGAAGCUGAAGACCUUGCUUGUUUAAUAAACUUGCUCAUCGAUGGUCUCAAAGAAAAAUCUUCGUACGUUAUUGCAAUACAAGAUUACAUGAACGAUGAUGGAGAGUCUGCAUCAUUUUUAACAAUGCAAAGAGGUGAUUUGAUACAACUUGUCGGUGAUUGUAAUGGACAUCAAAUAAUGACUUCAGCUUGGGGAUAUGGUGAAAAAGACGGUAUUAGAGGUGAUUUCCCAUCAGAGUGUGUUUACGUUUUACCCACGUUGAGGAAACCUAAUCCGACAAUUAUUGGAAUCUUCAAAGCUGAUUUUACUGGAAAAGCCUAUCCUCUCCGAGAAACGAAAAAACAGUCAAAAACAAGUCAACACACAUUAAAGAAAUACGCUGAAGAGCAUUUCCGUCCAGGAAUCAAUGUUACAAUUUCCAGAGGGUCUAGUAUUUCUUCAGCAAAAAGAGCAGCAUCAGAAUCAUUAUGGAAACAUACGAGAGAACCAUUAAAAUCACCUCUUCUUGCAAAAAUCGUUGAGCAAAAUGAUCUUGUUCAACAUGCUGUCAAUAUAUUCUCCAGUAUCUUAAAAUAUAUGGGAGAUCUUCCUAGCAAUCGUCAAAGAAAUGGAACCGAAUACACGGAUCAAAUAUUUCGCCCUGCUCUGGAACAUCCAAUGCUUCGGGAUGAAGUUUAUUGUCAGAUAAUAAGACAAUUAACAGACAAUCGAAUUCGACUGAGUGAAGAACGAGGAUGGGAAUUACUGUGGUUAGCAACAGGUGUUAUGACCUGCAGCAUAAAUUUGCACAGAGAAAUUGUUCAAUUUUUGACAUCUAGAACAAGCAUUUUAGCAGCUGAUUGCUUGAAAAGAUUAGACAGAACAAUAAAAACAGAAAACAGAAAAUAUCCACCAUAUAUCCUUGAAGUGGAAGCCAUCAGAUUCAAGAGCUUACAGAUUUAUCAUAAAAUAUAUUUCCCUGAUGAUUCAGAUGAAGCUUUUGAGGUCCAUUCAUCAACGAGGGCAGCUGAUCUUUGUGAGGACAUAGUAUCUCGUCUUCACCUGAAAGGGUUAGACGGAUUUAGCCUCUUUGUUAAAAUUGCUGACAAAGUUUUUUCAGUACCUCAGUAUUAUUUCUUCUUCGAUUUCGUACACGAACUCGUGGAGUGGGUCAGAAAAUCGAGACCAACUUCUGGACCCGUCCACGCUCAAUAUCAAAUAUUUUUCAUGAAAAAACUAUGGGUAAAUGCAAUACCUGGAAAGGAUGAAAAUGCAGAUUCGAUUUUCUAUUUCCAUCAAGAAUUACCUAAACUUUUAAGAGGCUAUCAUAAAUGCAGUAAAAAUGAUGCCAUUAAACUGGGAGCUCUGAUUUAUAGAAGCAAAUAUGGUGCCAACAAAGUUGAAUUGACAGAAAUCCCACACAAACUUAAAGAAUAUAUCCCUCCAGAUAUUAUUAAUUUGCUAAGUGCGAAUGAUUGGAAGAAGCAGAUUGUCACAGCCUACAAUCAACAGUCUGAUAUGACCAACAUUGAAGCAAAACAGAAUUUUUUGCAACACAUUUAUCAGUGGCCGACUUUUGGUUCAGCAUUUUUCGAAGUUAAGCAAACAACAGAGCCGAGUAUUCCAGAACUAGUUUUGAUAGCAAUCAAUCGAAAUGGAAUUAGCAUAAUUGAUCCGAGAGCAAAAGACAUUCUGGCAACAUAUAAUUUUUCCGAAUUGUCAAACUGGUCAUCUGGAAAUAAUUAUUUCCAUAUGACAAUCGGCAAUUUCAUGAAAGGAAAAAAAAUUCUAUGUGAAACAUUUCUCGGAUACAAAAUGGAUGAUUUGAUAUCUUCCUACAUUGACUAUCUUCGAAACAGUGGAAAACAACCCACUUUCAACUUGUAAUUUUUACAUACAAAGAAGGCUACAUUGCCCAAGAUUUAGAUAUCAUCAUUUCCUUGUACAAAAUAUUAAUAGAGAAUAAAUCAAGCAAAAUUAAAUUUUGCA